AUGGUGUGCUUCUCCAUGCGUAUCAGGCAGUCGAUUCUUCGAUGUAGAACCCGCUCACCGUGCUUUGGGCACGUCCGGGUUACAAACAAGCUUUCUUUACCUUCCUGGCCAACUUUAUCAGUGACAAGAGAAUAUGCCUACGCUCCGUCUUCCCACAGCGGGACCACCCACGACGAUACCCUGGCAAGCUUAGAAGAUUCAACGCGCUCGCAGGCACAUCCAUUAUCGGGCUACUACUACGAUAUUCUCUCAUCCCAAUCACCCUACAAAUCUCAUGCGCCAACUUCGCGCCCAGCGUCGCAAGCCGCCGAGAAACCAACCCCGGCAACAACCGUCAAACCACAAUCACCAGAAGAGAAGAUGUCCAUCGUGUUUGGAUCGCGGCUUGCUGGGCCAGGCCGUGUUUCGCGUUAUAACCCUGGAACUAUGCCACCUGAGUCUCAGUGGAAGAUGAUCAACGGGGUGGCCAUUCCGCCCCGGCCCGAGGAACCGGACAAUUGCUGCAUGAGUGGUUGUGUCCAUUGCGUGUGGGAUGAUUACCGCGAUGAAAUGGAGGAAUGGGCCAGCCGUGUGGCAAGAGCCAAGGCGAAGGGCUCUACCCAGAAGGCCACGACGGAUAUGCGACAGACGCCCAGGGCAGAGGUUGAAAGUGCGAGUCAUAGCAUGGAUGACGACGGCGGAGGUAGGGAAACUAACUGGCCAGUUUCUUACGAGGCGGACGAUCUCUUUGCCAGUAUACCAGUUGGUAUUCGCGAGUUUAUGAAGACGGAGAAGAAGCUAAAAGAAAAGAAACAACAUGAGAAAACUAAAGCGUCAAUCUGA